AUACUAGCUGCAUGUUGAUGUUACCGUGCGCUGAAGACGUGCUUCGCUCCUUCGACGGAGGCUGAUUCUGGUCCACAAAGACAUUACGAGAAAAGUCUUCCAAGCGUCUUCGGAGAGUUUCUGUUUAGAAAAACAUGGCGAUGCAGGCAUCAAGCGUCGCCGUGGUUACCAAGCCUGCGUGGUGCAUCAUGGGAAAUCGACCGCUGCUGUUUGGUCCACGGAAGGGAAAAAGUGCUCCAUUUUCUAGCAACUCUGAACAUUAAGGCAAGUUAAAAAUUCGACUAGUAAUGUCUGGAUGGUGGCUGCCUUCCUCCCCAGCCUUUGCGUCUGAGGACUUCAGCUCAACUCCUCUCAAGGCAAACGAGAGAAAACAUGUCCACGUGGCUAAAGACCUGGGGGCCAACGACGUCCUGCCUGAGGACGACGACACUUUUUCCCUGCUGUCCCCCAUAUAUCAUGACAGUUACGAGAGCGAUGACGACGACGAGCUCAGUACAACUAAUCAGACAUCUCCUAAGUACACACAUGAACACAGUAUUUCUUCUGUCAGACAUGAUCUAUGGAAAGCAUCUACAGAGAACACGGGACCUGAAGUCCUCAGCGCAUGGGAAGUGUGGUUGGUUAAUAAAAUAAAAGAAGACAAACUUAGACUGAAAAAGAAAACCGAGGAGCAGCUUUCACAGAAGGAAAAAAAGGAACAGCAAGAAGCGGAACGAGAGCAAAAAAGGAGUGUAGAGGAAAAAAAGAUUCGAGACUGGCAACAGAUGAAACGAGAACAGGAAAGACGUGAGCAACUGCUCAAAAGCAGCAGGGAAGAAGCAGAGAUGCGUCAGAAACAGGAAAAGCAAAGAGAGACGGAACAGAAAGCUCAACAAAAGUACGAAGCCUGGCUGCAGAAGAAGAACCACGAGAAGGUGGAGAAGGCAAAAAAAGAGAAAGUAAAGCCGGCGUGUUUUCUUUUAUUCCUGCAAGGUAGAUACUGUUUGACUAUGUGCUCAAUUCUUUGUGACAGGAGAAGGCAAGUAUGCGUGAGGAGCAGGAGAAGGAGCGACGGCGGAGGGCAGAGGAGAACUUUAAGGAAUGGCUGGCAAAACACAAUGAAAAAUGCAGAACAACUCCCAAAGCCUCUCAUAAUCCAACAAGUCCUUGGGGAUACCACCCAUCACCCAGCUUUUACAACCCAAUCCCAUGGAAGCCUAUUCACACCCCCCCACCAGAAACAUCGCCUGAAAGCACACCUAGAAGGAAGCCUCAAAAACACAAAAGAGGACAUCAAGGCCAUGGUGCAGCAGGUCAAUUUAGAAACAUGACACACAGAUGACACAUCACCACCAUCUUUAAUAUUUGCAGCAUACAGGUGACUCUCAGUCGUGACAUAUCUGCCACUCCCAACGUCACACCACCAUUGUGAUAUGUGGAACAUAUCCAUAAAGAAUUAAGCUUGGCUUUUUCUAAUAUUGCACUGUUUUGAUGUUGUUAGGGUUUUGAGUGAGUCACCCUGAUCCUGACCAUUUAAACAGUUUUUCUCGAACAAUGUUUGUUCAUUCUGAGACAUUUUUUUUUAAAGAACUAAGUCAAGUUUUGAAUGAGAAAAUCUCUUGUUUUAUUUGCUGCAUUUUACAGCAGGUCCCAAGAUACACACAUGUAGAAAGGUGGGUGGUGGUAUGAUUAAAAAUGUCUCCAGUU